UCUUUCUUUCUUUCUUUUUCUUGAGUUUGAUUAUUCUGAUUACUAAAUGCCUUGCAGUUUGACAAAGAACAGAAGUUAUGAGCUCAUACUAGGAAUAGGUUAGCCAGGUUCAAGGAUCUCACAACAUUUAGAAAGAUUGUUUUUAAGGAAGAAAUUUAAAAAAAAAGUCUUAUAGGGAAAUCAGUGACAUAUCAUAAACAAGUUUGCAAUGCUGUCUACUAGUAUAAAUGACUGCCAGACUCAUUGCCCAGCUGUUUUUGUGAUCCAGGGCACAUAUUUGCAAGACAGCUGCCCUGAACUAGGGAAGGUCAAGCAAAACCCACUGCCUGUCUAGAGAUGGCUGUCCUGAUGUCAGUCUCAUUAGUUCCUGAGUUCUUGCCAAGGAAGUUAGCAAGAACUAGUAUAGAUCUGGAGGUCAAAGUUUAGCAGAAAGAGCCCCCACAGCAGUGCGCAAAGAGCGCUCUGCCCUACUCUUUUUUUCUCUACUGGUCACCCAGUUGGUGUGGGGUGUGUGUGUGUGUGUGUGUGUGUGUGUGUGUGUGUGUUUCCAAAAUAGUACUUGAAGGAUAGGAAGUUAAAUGUCUGUGGGAAAAAGCAACGUUUUGGGUUCUCAGCGUUUUAGUCAGCUGCUUUCUUACUUUUCCAGACUGUGACUAUUCUUUGAAGCUAUUAAAAUCUAUUCUUGGUAAUGAGAAAAGGGAGUGACUUGAUGGUUCUUUUCCAAUUGCUCUGUGUCUAACAAGAAAUACCUAAAUAAUUUGCCGUUUUAAAUUUCCCCUAGUAGUGGCAAAACAAUUCUACUCCUAUUUGUGGGGGAAAAAAAUCUCUGCCGUGAAUUUCAGUGUUGGGAACAUAGCGAGACAAAAAGCUACCUGGGCUAGCCUGUUUCUCCAGGAUGAAACAAAAGGAAUAUAGAUUUUAGUGGCUGCUUUAACAGUUUGGUAAAGGAUCUGGUCUAUCUUGGGUGUGGGAGAUGGGAGGGAUAAAGAAGUCAGAAUCCCAUUUAGAUCACAGAAAGAAACCAGGAAGUAAGGGGAAAUUAUUACAGUCUGUUCAUAGCUCAGAAUGUUAAAGGCAGCAACCUCUGCUGGUUGGUUAUUCAUUAGCAAAAAGGAGAGAGCCGUCCAGAUCCAGACUGGUCCAAAGACAGGAGCAGACUUGAAACAGGGGGAGAGCUCCUGGCAAAAGCAAGGUGUGGAGGUUUUACCAGGGCAGAUACGAAGAAAAGAUCCUUCCUACUGAGCAGCUGCCCGGCUCCUGCUCAGUUUUGCUUGGGGGUAGCAGCUCCGGCCACAGAAAGCAAGCCGGUAAGUCUCUCCAGGUAGGACUUGCUGCAACCAGCUGCUGGACUGAUUUGAAAUGGGACUUUGUGUACUCUCCAAAGUAUGGUGAGUUGGUGCUGACUUCAAAGUUGCCUGGUGAAGGAAGAGAAGGUGGAUCGCAGAGACUAAGGGGAGAGGGAGAAGCCCUGCUCCUCUUCUCCCCACCAAGGCACAAUGAGCAACAUCUGUCAGAGGCUCUGGGAGUACCUAGAACCCUAUCUCCCCUGCUUGUCGACGGAGGCAGGCAAGUCAACGGUGAUUGAAAAUCCAGGGGCCCAUUGCUCUCCCCAGUCACAGAGGCAUGGCCACUACUUUGUGGCUUUGUUUGAUUACCAGGCUCGGACUGCUGAGGAUCUGAGCUUCCGGGCAGGUGACAAACUUCAGGUUCUGGACACUUCGCAUGAGGGUUGGUGGUUUGCCAGACACUUGGAGAAAAGGCGAGAUGGCUCCAGUCAGCAACUACAGGGCUAUAUUCCUUCUAACUACGUGGCUGAGGACAGAAGCCUACAGGCAGAGCCGUGGUUCUUUGGAGCAAUCAGAAGAUCAGAUGCAGAGAAACAACUAUUAUAUUCAGAAAAUAAGACGGGUGCCUUUCUAAUCAGAGAAAGUGAAAGCCAAAAAGGAGAAUUCUCUCUUUCAGUUUUAGAUGGAGGAGUUGUAAAACACUACAGAAUUAAAAGACUGGAUGAAGGGGGCUUUUUUCUCACCCGGAGAAGAACCUUUUCAACACUGAACGAAUUUGUGAGCCACUACACCAAGACGAGUGACGGCCUGUGUGUCAAGCUGGGGAAACCAUGCUUAAAGAUCCAGGUCCCAGCUCCAUUUGAUUUGUCAUAUAAAACCGUGGACCAGUGGGAGAUAGACCGCAACUCCAUACAGCUUCUGAAGCGAUUGGGAUCUGGUCAGUUCGGCGAAGUAUGGGAAGGUCUGUGGAACAAUACCACACCAGUAGCAGUGAAAACAUUAAAACCAGGUUCAAUGGAUCCACGUGACUUCCUGAGGGAGGCACAGAUAAUGAAGAACCUAAGACAUCCAAAGCUUAUCCAGCUUUAUGCUGUUUGCACUUUAGAAGAUCCAAUUUAUAUUAUUACAGAGUUGAUGAGACAUGGAAGUCUGCAAGAAUAUCUCCAAAGUGAUGCUGGGUCAAAAAUCCAUCUGACUCAACAGGUAGACAUAGCGGCACAGGUUGCCUCUGGAAUGGCCUAUCUGGAGUCUCGGAACUACAUUCACAGAGAUCUGGCUGCCAGAAAUGUCCUUGUUGGUGAACACAAUAUCUACAAAGUAGCAGAUUUUGGACUUGCCAGAGUUUUUAAGGUAGAUAAUGAAGACAUCUAUGAAUCUAAACACGAAAUAAAGCUGCCGGUGAAGUGGACUGCGCCCGAAGCCAUUCGUACUAAUAAAUUCAGCAUUAAGUCCGAUGUGUGGUCAUUUGGAAUCCUUCUUUAUGAAAUCAUUACUUAUGGCAAAACGCCUUACAGUGGUAUGACAGGUGCCCAGGUAAUCCAGAUGUUGGCUCAAAACUAUAGACUUCCCCAACCAUCCAAUUGUCCACAGCAAUUUUACAACAUCAUGUUGGAGUGCUGGAAUGCAGAGCCUAAGGAACGACCUACAUUUGAGACACUGCAUUGGAAACUUGAGGACUAUUUUGAAACAGACUCUUCAUAUUCAGAUGCAAAUAACUUCAUAAGAUGAACACUGGAGAAGAAUAUCAAAUAAUAAAGUAGCAAAACAAAUUCAAAUAGUCAGUUCCAAAGUACAAUGUUAUCAACCAACUCCACAAUCAGUUUAUCCUGACGUAUUCAAGUGAUAGGAUAAAGUUGGCCAUGUAUUAUAAAAAAAAAAAUGUAUUUGUGCAUUUUAUUGACUGGACAACACUGCAAGACUAUCAAGGUGAUAUAUAAUUUCCUCACUGCCUGGUAAAAUUAAGCACACUAAACAGUUAUUUUUCUUUUUAACUGAUACUUACAUUUCAAUUUAUUGUUUGAAAUGCCGAUCAAGAGAAUCAACAGAUGAUAGUCAGUUUUUACUCAGUGACUGUUGUAGCAUCUUCCUGUUUACUGAUUAGAGUGGUUAUUCAUUAUUCCUCAGAUUGCUGAAUCCCAUCAGGCUGUUAUUAUAAAGGAAUUUGAUUGCUUUGCUGCACAGCAGGACCUGUGCUUUGAGAUUUUUUUUUUUUUCUCUUUUAAAAUAUCCUGUAACUACAGUGAUGGUAAAGCCAUGUUAAAUGACUUGAUUGUACUUGGAGUAAUUGCACAUUUUUUUCUAUGCAUAAAAAAAUGAUGCAGCUGUUGAGAAAAUGAAUUAAAAUCUUUUUCAUUUUGCAGAAGGAAAUGAUGGAAUUUUUCUGUACCUCAGUAUGUGUCAACUGAGAGUCAUAUACAUUAGUUUUAAUCUCUUAAUAUUGAGACUCAGGUUACAAAGCUGAUGAGUUAUUAUCUAUGGAAAUGUGAGAAAUAUCUAAUAGCCUGUAAAGUCUGAGAAAUAAGUAUCAAAAUAGUUUAGGAAAAUGAGAGGAGAACAGUAGGAUUGCUGUGGCCUAGACUUCUGAGUAAUUAAUAAAGAAAAAGAAAUACCCUUUGGCCUACA